AUGCCUCGUGGUUAUGAAUCUAUGAAUGACGAGCUGGUUGCUAAUCAAGAUGUGUUACUCGAUCAAGUGCGAACUUUAUUAAAAAUUUCUCAACAAAAUCAGGCUGCACUUGAAAGAAUCCAACAAAC